AUGUCGCGGCGACGUUCAGAUCGUUCCUUUGCCGGUCACCACGUUCAAGGUCAAGACAGUACCGAUAGACUUGUUGGUAGAUCCACACCGUCACUGCACAAUGCGUCAAGCGCAGCCAGCUACCAGCCUGGUCAGCCAAUCGGCUUUCUUGCUGCUAGAAACACCAUCUAUGCUAAGAAAUUAUACAGCCGCAAGCUCAGAUACUGUCUCUUCCUGCUGCUUCCCAUCGCCACGCUUAUUGGCCUCGUCAUCCUGACCGGCCCUGUGCUCUUUGCAGUGGCCAACCACAUUGUCAAUGUCUCGGUCGUCCAUAUCGAAUCGCUCCAACUCAACACCACCCAACCUGCUCCCGGACAGUAUCCUGUCAAUCUCAAAGCUCGCGUGACCAAGACUGGUAUCUUUCCUGCUCGUGCCUACUUUCGAGCUCCGGUCAACCUGUACUGGCGUACCGUGCCUCCCAACAGCCGCGAAAUCCACAUUGGUACAAUCGACCUGGACCACCUUGGCGUUACAUCGCGCGGUUAUGGCACCCUGGACCAGUCCAACUUUCUUCGCAAUGUCUCGGAUGACAAUCUUGCUCUGUUCGCUCGCUACCUCGUCAAUGCAGAUCAAGCGACACUCAAGCUCAAUUGUUCCAAUGUCAAGCCGGUUGCAUUUGGCUUUUUGCCUUCCUGGCACAACAUUGCCAUCAGCAAGCACGCAAACAUCGCCGGUCUCAAGGGCCUCGGCGAUGUCAAGGUCUUGAAGCUCGACGUUCCAUCCGAUGCUCCCCAAGGAGGCGCGAUCGUCGAUGCGCUCGGCUCGCUCAACAAUCCUUCCCCCUUUUCGAUUCUACUGGGCAAUGCAGAUCUUGAAAUGAUGUACAAGGAUAUGCCUCUAGCGGAAGCUAGCCUCAAAGACUUUUAUCUUGCCAAUGGGGUCAACCAGGUCCCUGUCAAUGGCCGCAUCUACCGCCAGCAAGGCGACGAGAACCUGGCCAAACUCAGCGAACUUGUUUCCAUACUUACCAACGACGAGGCUGCACCCGUAGCAAUUCGAGUGAAACCAACCAGCGAGACCACGCCAUCUUGGGUCAGGGCGGCUGUCGACGAGUUGAAGUUGGUCGUGCCCGUCAAGCUGCCCAGACCCUUUAAUCCGAUCCGAUCGGUUUCGGUUGGAGCGGUCGAUGUUUUCGUUGACCCUGCCAACUCGUAUGCACCGACGCUCAACUCGAACGCCGUAUCUGCUCAGGUCGAGAUCCCAUUCGGCCUCACAGUCAGUGUCGAAAGCGCUGCCGUCAACAUUGACGUGUCCACUGCCAACGAUGGGCUUGCUUCACUUCGUGGAGCACAAGCCAACGCUUCAUCGGCGCUCGAGCUGAUCGCGCCCAGUACGCGUGGUGGUACAGCGCUGGUCUCGCUCGUCAACUCGACCAUGUCGCCUGCCACUGCUAACCAAGCCGACGCGAACAAAUCGUUCCAACAGCUCAUUCGUACAAUCACUUUUGGCGAUACGGUCAAUCUAACUGCCAAAGGAACCACUGCUGUGACGGCGGACUCGUCCAUCGGCCGGAUCACCCUACCGGCGCUCAAGAUCGCCACCACGACAACUAUCCAGGGCCUGUCUGGCUUUACGCGCAGCCCACUCGAGCUUUUGUCAUUCGACAUCGUCGGUGGCUCUAGCUCGGCAGUCCAGGUGGUCGCCUCCACCAAACUCAGCAACCCAUCAGAGAUCUCGGUGCACAUCCUCGGAGAUACCAGCGUAGACCUCGCUCUUCCGAACGGCGCUGGAGUGGGUAGAGCUACUAUCAGCGACCUGCGCAUGGUCCCCGGCGAGAACACGCUCAACGCCACCGCCGCCGUGUCGUUCAACGACAGGAGCAAGUCGCUGGUUCAACAGUACCUUCAGGGUAAAAGCAGUCUCGUCAAUGUUCGAGGCGAUGCUGCGUCGACCCAAGCCGAAUCGCUUACACCGACUCUGUCUGGACUCAAGCUCAACGCUACCAUUUCCGGCCUUGUCGAUCCGCUGUUGCUCAGUGCAGCCGUCAAGAUCCUCGACACCACGGCGGUGGUCAACAACAUUGCCGAUGCCAUCCCAUCGAUUAACAACCCAUUCACAGCUGCCAUCGAACUCAAAGGCUCCAAGGGACAGGCUAGCGUGCUUGGUCUCAACGUCGGCCAUGUCGAUGCUCUCAAUCUGCAAAAUUCUGUGCUUAUCCCUUCCCGCAACGAGCCCGACCGUACAAGCAAGCAGCCUUUGCCGGUCAGCAUCGAUUUUGACCAGCCUAACGCCAUCUUUGGUUUGAUGCGCGGCUUGGUUGUCGCAUCGGGCCAGAACACGGCUCCGCUCGACUACCUGAUGAGAGUGGGCGGCAUCAAACCUGUUGGCGUCAAACAGUCUUCGGCUGCAUCUGCAAUCCCAUCACUUUCGUUGCGCGCGGCUCCGUUUGACGGCUUCAGCUUGCCCAGAUACGUCAUGACGGCACUGGCAGCUGCACGCGCCGACGUCAAUGUCAAUGUUGACGUGCUCAUUGGCCAAUAUCCUCUCAGCACGCCCUUCCAACAAUCUGGCGUCAAUGUCACUUUUGACGAUAGCAUCGAAAAGCUCUACUCGAUUUUGGGACGACCCAUCAUGAAGGCAGUCAUUGAUGCUGUUCAGCUGGAUCUCUUGGGGAUCCAGGUGAUUGACAUGGCUCAGAGCAAAGUUGCGGUUGAUGUUUCGGCUUCGGUCUCCAAGAUAGGUCCGUUUGACGCUGUCAUUCUGCUCGACAAGGGCGUCGACGUGAGCUGGCAAGGCAGAUUGAUUGGCAACGUCGCCAUGCCAAACAUCACCAUCGUGCCCGAGACCACACCGAUCCAGACGCGCGCCGAGCUCACUGUAGCCGAUCCGGGCCUCAUGUCAGAGCUUGUCAAAGCUCUCAUCCAGCAGAACAGCGUCGAUUGGACCGUCUCAACACCUUCGAUGAUCAUCCGAGCCUACGAUGCCGUUCUCAACGGUCCAGGCAUGACCAAGAAGACCUCGAUCAAGGCGUUCGAUCGUUUCCGAAAUGCUGUCCAACUCAGCACGUUUGACCUUCCCUCCAACGACCCUGCUGGCGGCAUUCAUAUCACAGCCACAGCUUCGGUGCGCAAUCCCUCCAACAUUGGCGUCAACCUCGACCGUCUUGGCGUCAACUUUGGUUUGCCGACCAGCAUCCUCGGCGAAGCGGGGCUUGCGAAUUUGCUCAACAUGACCCCAGGCGCCACAUUAGACGUCAACGUAGCCGGACGAAUCUUACCUCAGUCGGGUCAAGGCUUGACCGACUUUUCGACUGUUGCACAGAACUAUAUCUCGAACAAACCGACAACGUUGAUGGUGCAUGGCGUGUACGCCGGCCCGGAAAGCGUAACGUGGCUUUCUGACGGGAUCAAGAUCCUCGAGAUCCCGGUUACAGUUCCAGGUAUUGUUCUGGACCCGCUGAAAAGUGUCAGCAUGGGCAACGCGACGCUCGACUUUACCCAAGCCAAUGGAGAAUGGUCUCCGUUGCUCAGCACAGACACUGUGCGUGCCGCGGUAGAGAUUCCUUUCGGCUUUCCAUUUGGCAUCGACAAUGUCGGCGGCUCGUUUGACAUUCUGUACGGCGGGCAGGGUGCAGCUCGGCUGGUCUUGCCAGGUAGUGUCGCUAUGACCGAGAACAGAACCGUCAGCCUGGCGAUCCAGAACGCUCACAUGGACAUCCCGGGAAACUACAGGCGCCACUUUGCCAACAAUCUCGGCGUCGACGCUGUCCAGGACCAGUCGGUCGGGGUGGGUCUUGACUCAAACGCUGUUACUGCACUCGUCUCGACAGCAUCCGGCGCCAUCACUGUGAAGAACGUACCAAUCCAUCUGGAUCCUGCGCUUGCUCUCAAUGGCUUCCAAGGUCUGCGUACUAGUCCGAUCGUCAUCAGUGGUCUCGAUGUGACUGGAGGCACAAGAGACUACGUGAUCGCCAAAGUGGAUGCUAGCCUCGUAAACCCCUCGCAGGUGCACGCGAUCGUCGGCGAUGUUCGCAUGCGCGUCGACUAUGACAAUGGUGGCAGCAUCGGCGAUGCUCUGGUUCGCAACGUUGAUCUGCCUCAAGGUCCCAACACGUUGCCCGUUGAAGCACAGCUCAAGCUUAACAGCGACAUUGGACGACGUCUGAUCAAAGAUUUCCUGACACGCGGAGGUCCUGAUAUUCAAGCUACAGCCCACGGCACAGGCCAGUCGACGCGAUAUGGCUCGAUCAAUCCAGCGGUAUCCACCCUGUCUUUUGGUGCGGCUGUGGCCAGGCUGAACGCGACGCUCGUGACGCAAGCAAAGCUCGUCGUGCCACCCAACGUCGACAAGCGGCUCUUGGUCGCUGCAACGUUUGUGUUGCAGAAUCCCUUCUCGGCUACAAUCACGCUGUUGCACGCCAAAGCAAGCGCAACCUCGAGUUCCGGAGUGCUGUUGGGCACUGUCGAUUCCAACGUCAACAUGGUUGCCAGCGGUCAUUCGAUCACCACGUCGCCUCAAUUCCCCGUUCGGGUCAACCCCGACUUGGCAGCGAUCAUCGGGUUCUUUGAAGAACAGGCAAAGGCCAACAAUGUCGAUCUGGGCGCGUUGCUUGCGCUUCUCGACUCGCUCAAGUCGCGUAAGAACUUGGACUCGAGUGUCGCGUUCGCGCCUGCUCAGAACGAAGGGUGUCCGCUUAAUGGCGCCACUGACGUGAUCGGGGCAUUGCAACGCACGCUUCAAGGCACACAACUGGCAGCUGAUGCGCAGGCUGACGUGUUGGUGGGUCAGUACCGCAUCGACGAUGUUCCCGUGCACUUGCAACCCAUCACGCUCGAGGUGGAUGAUAGUGUGCGAUACCUGAUUGGGCCUUUUGGUGCACCGGUUGUCGAGUCGCUCGUCGAUGGCCUCACUCUGCAAGUCGCCAACAUCUCAGCCACGCAUCUUACCGCUGAAAGCCUCGACGUUCGAGUUUCACUGGCUAUUGGCGGUAUCGGUCCUUUUGCUGCGCAGGUGAGCUUUGGCAAGCCGAUCGAAGCACGAUACAAGGGUCGACGGAUUGGUGCGAUCAACGUGCCCACGUUCUGCUUCCCAGCUGAUGGACGUCUUGAUCUUGAUGUGCGACUCGACGUCACCGAUCAAAACGGAUUUGGCGACUUUGUCAGUGAUCUGAUUGCGCAACCGAGCAUCGAGCUCGAGAUCUUUUCCGACGCCAUCAUGGCGAAUGCGUACGGCGUGCAGUUUUCCAAGAUCAGACUUUCGCGAUCCAUCGGCUUGCAGGGUCUCAGCGGCUUACGCGGUGUUGUAGCCAGGACUGUCUCGGUUGUCGGCGAAACGGCGACCACGCUUCUUGUCGAGGCGGAUGCGGUUCUGCCAUGGCCGACGUCGAUUCGUGUCGAACUACCCACCGUCGAUGUCAACUUUGCCUACAACAAUGUCGUGCUCGGCAGCGUCCGUGUUCCGGGAGGCAUCAUCUUGACUCCCGGCUCCGAGAUCCCUCUGCACGUGACGGGUCAGGUAAACCAGAUCACCAACGAUGGACAACGAGCAGCUCUGAGCGCACUGGCGAGCCGCUUCAUUUCCACCAACACGAGCACGGUCGACGUGGUGGGCAACAGUGCUACUGAUGCCAACGGAAAGACGAUUCCAUGGCUCACGCGUGCGCUCAAGACGCUCGAUCUCAAGGUGGAUGUCGCGGGACAGAACCUGAACCCGGUAAGCCGAAUCAACCUCCCAGACCUCUCGGCGGAUCUUGAGGGUGCACGCGACUCGGGCUACCUGCUGCCCAUCUCGACGAAUCGCACAGAGGCGGUGGUCUCGAUCCCCUUCAACAUCCAUGUGGGCGUGGUAUCGGCUUCGGGCACCGUGUACGUGGCCAAUCAGGGAUCUGCGGCUCGUGCGGCUAGUCUGGAUCUCGGCUCAACUGCGCUUUCCGGUACGAUUCCGGGCAACAACGAGUCGACAACUUUGACUCUGGGUCUCAACAACGCGUUGCUGACUGCGAUCGAUCGAGGUGCAUACGAGCAGCUGCUGAUCAACGUCGUGUCCAAGCCUACGGCUGAACUUCAGAUUUUGGGCGCGGUCGCGGCGGUGGUAGACCUAGCCGUGGGCCGCAUCACGGUAUCUGAUAUUAAGCUAGACGUACCUGCCAGCCUCAAGUCGCUCGACAACCUGCUUGGCCAGCUGGAUGUGAUCGGAAACGUCAACGUGAUUGGCGGCACAGCAGAGCACGGUAUCGCGCAGAUCAAUGUGACUCUGCACAAUCCGUCGGUGAUCGCUGCCAAGAUGCCAGAACUCAGCAUUCCCGUGACACUGGACGAUGUCCGAAUUGGACGUGCGGUGCUACAGAACUUGGAUCUGAAACCGGGAGACAAUGCUGUUUCGGUUUUGUUCUACAUUCAACUAGAGCAGCCUUUGGGCAGUCCUACGGCGGUGAAGCUGAUGCGUCAGCUGAUCCAGCCUGUUCCGGGCACACGCGAUCCUUACGUGACGAAUCUGGUGGCACACAACCCGGCAGGAGCACAACCACCGGUCACCAACCUAGCCGCACUUAAUCCGGCGCUUGAUACGCUCAACCUCAAGCUUGAUCUGAAAGGGCUUGCGCUCGAGCUGGUCCAGCUGGUCAAGAUCAGCAUCGAGGUGUUGGAUCUAUUCGCAGGACCUGGUGGCUUGCCGUAUGUGAUUGCCGACAUUGAUCUGCAAAAUGAUCUGCCCACAGCGUUGGCGCUGAACCAGAUCGCGGCGGACGGAUCGAAAGCGGGAUCGAGCAAGACCUACGCUACGCUCGACCAUACGUUUGACCCGGCAUUGGUCUUGCCGCGCGCCGCUGCUACGUUUGUGAACCCAGGAAAGGCGACAGGUCAUGUGCCCGACGUGCUGCUACCUAUGGGUCUGUUGAACUCGAUCGACAUUGUCGGCAGCAAUCUUGAUCUGUACAUCAAGAAGGCUCUUAUCAAGAUCGGCGGGAAUGACGGCUACCAGUUGCAGGGCGAGCUGACGUAUCUCAACGUACCAGCCACCUACUCGCUCACCUUGGCGGGUGCGCCAAUUGCUAGCCUGGACUCGCUCGGUGGAUUGCUUAGUGCUCUUUCCGGUGUAGCUGGCCAACUAAGUCCGAACCAGCAGAAACUGCUCAGUGAUGGACUGCAAAACUUGGGCUCGGGCAACAUUCCUGGUUUGGUCGAGAACGGUCUCAAGGACUUGGUUUGCGUGUUGAGCGACUUGCCAAUCCCCUUCCUAAGCCAGGCUGGUUGCGCACAAGCGAGUUCGUCAACGACGUUGUCAAGCACAACGUCAGUCUCGUUACCAGCUUCGGCUAGUACGGCGACUGCCACGACAGCUCCUGUGUCGAAUGCCAACGUUCCAGAAGCCGACUCUCGCUCUUCAGCAACACCCGCUACGACUGAGACGGCACAAAGUGCACCCACUGCAGCGGCUCCAACCACUGCCCCAUCGCCAUCCGCCAGCGCUUCGCCUGCACAAGCAGCGCCUUCUUCUGCCUCCAACAACAAUCCGCUCGGCGGCCUGCUCAGCGGUCUUAGCGGUUGA